AUGACCAGAAAUCCAUCCGGUGCCAGGGUUAAAAUCGGUGUUCCGUUAAACCGAACACUACAACCUCCUAUAGACGUAGUCGUAAACGUAGCUCAGAGCGUUAAAGUUUCGUUGGAUAAAAACGUUCUGAUGGAAGGUUUUGGGAAAUCGAACAACGGGAUUCAUAUUUUCAGCGACGAGACUAUUGUUGUUCACGUCUUUAGUCAAAGUCUGUCGACGAUAGUUCCAGAUACAGUUGGUGGAUAUCUUGCGUUUCCGUACACGGCUCUAGGAACGGAGUAUAUGACAGUAACGUAUUGUUCAAAAUACAGUUGUUAUAUCGGAAUAAUGGCGACAGCAAAUUCGACAGAGGUAACGCUGACGUUUAAAACCACCGUAACGUUAGACGGAGUCGUUUGUUUGGCUGGUACGACCAAACAAUUGAAUCUGGACCAUUAUGAAGCGUUCCAGAUUAAGUCAAGCGACGAUCUUACCGGAAUCAGGAUAACCUCAAAUAAAGUCAUCUCCGUGACUGUCGGAGCGGACGGAACUCCGGUGGAUGGAAUGAAGGAGGAUUACCUAAUAGAACAGCUUCCGCCCAUUACUGCUUUGGGAACGAAUCACUAUCUGCUACCUAUGCCGUUAAGAACAAUAGGUGAUUUCGUCCGAGUUGUCGCAUUAACUGAUGAAACGCAGUUCCGUGUUGACGGAGUCGCAUACGAAAUGAAGGUUGUCGGAGACCAUCAAGAUCUUACAUUGACACCGACCACACUCCAUUUUCUCCAUUCCACACUCCCUGUUCUUGUGGCGCAAUUCUGCAAAAGCAGCAAAAUCUCCGAAACAAGUUAUACAGAUCCAAAUCAACUGAUCAUACCUCCUGUCCGACAAUGGACCGGAUCGUACGUGUUUGCAACUCCGGCCCUGGCACAGACAAAUAACGCAUUUCAUUUAACGUUGGUCGCCAUUAACAACUGCACAGAGGAAGUCCAAUUGAACCAUGGUGAUAUUCUAGAGUCCUGGAUUCCAUCAACAAACUCUACGGUUUCUAUGACAACAAUUACCUUGACAACCGAGUACCAUAAUAUCACCCACAAAACCGGAUGUAAAAAGGUCUGGGGAUAUAUUUAUGGAACUGCCUUGCAUCAGUCGUGGGCGUUACCGAUUGGUUGGUCAUUUCAACCAAUGAAGGCUGCUAAAAUACCAACAACAGAUGAUACAAUUACCAGUGACCAGUCUACAGUGGAUUUACUGCCGCCAACAGACAAAACACUAUCUUCAUUCUCUUCUCAUGGUUUACUAGAACCCACAUUAACCCUGUCUACCACGUCUUUUAUCAAUGUUUUAGAUACGUCUGGUGUUUCUGUAUCUGAAGCCUCCAGAUAUUCGUGGGACUUCAAAUUAUCGACGGCGAUGUCGGAGUCCUUAACGGAAACCCACUCUAUUUCUGUUAGCCCUGUUACCCCCAACUCCGCUGAUGCCCCACCCACGUACAUCACUCUAUCGACCCCCUACGUGUUUGAUCCGUCCAGUUCGUCCCUAGUAAAGAGUGUUAGUGCUUAUCUAUCGACCCAGAACCUUGGAAACAAUGAAUCAUCAUCAACAUCAUCAUCAUCAUCAUCAUCAUCAUCCGCUAUGACCAUAAGUUCGACUGAAACUACAAGAAAUCUGACAACCCCCGCUAAUCAAACUCACAUACCUUCAAGACACACUAACAAUAAUCUUUGUGGAUGUGGGUGUUUUCAUUCUGAUGACUCUACAGUGGAAGUCAGAAUCCGGCAGGCCCAGCUAGGGCUGUAUGUAGACAAGGAAAAGUUAGGGUCCACUAUUAGAAAGAAGACGAGUGUUCAAGACGACAGACGUUCAGCUCAAGUUGUCGGCUAUGCUGGGAUUAUAUUUAUAGUGCUUGUGUUGUCAUGGGCAGUAAUACCGGAUAUUCUUAAGGUCCUUAGAUUCUUGUGGUACGUCAUCUGUAGGGGGAGAAAUCAUAACUAA